AUGGAUCCCUCAUUGUUCAUUCUCAACUCCUCGGGCUUACUUAUUUAUCUUCUUGUUUAUGUUGAUGAUAUUAUCAUCACCGGGAAUGAUUCCAACACUAUUACCAACAUUAUUGGGAGUCUCAAUUCUCUUUAUGCCCUUAAAGACUUGGGUCAGCUUCAUUAUUUUCUUGGAGUGGAACUUAUUCACAAGAAUUCUGAUCUUGUCUUAUCGAAACGAAAGUACAUUGCUGAUAUACUGCACCUGGCUGGUUUAGGAGAUUGCAAGCCCAUCUCCACCCCCAUGAGCACCUCUCAUGUGCUCCUUCCUGAUCACAGCCCUUUACUUGAAGAUCCCUCUCGUUACCGGCAAACCGUUGGAGCUCUUCAAUAUGCUACUCUUUCUCGACCCGACAUUGCUUUUGCUGUAAAUCGGGUUUGUCGAUUCAGGCAUGCUCCUACAGAAAAUCACUGGUCCGCCGUUAAACAUACACUGCACUACUUGAAAGGCACGACCAACAUGGGUCUUUGGAUUCGCCAUAACAUAGGGUAUCGUUUACAGGCCUUCUCUGAUUCUCAUUGGCCCACUGAUCUUCGGGCCUUUUCCGAUUCUGAUUGGGCUGGUUGCCCUAUCGACCGGCGCUCGACGGGGGGAUUUGCCAUCUACCUAUGCUCUAAUCUUAUUUCUUGGUCGGCUAAGAAGCAGAAAACGGUUUCUCGCUCUUCAACAGAAACAUAA